AUGGCUACCCCUAAUGUACUUACCUUCGAUGCUAAGGGUCGGGCGGUUGAUUUCGAGGUCUGGGUCGAUGAUCUGCAGCUGUUUCUACAGUGCGAUUCUAGGGACGGAGUCUCACUGUUCGAUCUCACGUCUGGCGUCUCUGUUGCACCUGUUGCCGAUGCUGACAGUACUGUUCGCUCGCAGUGGACCACGCGCGAUGCUACUGCCCGUCUUGCUGUUCGUAGUCACCUGCCGUCUGCUGAGCGCGCGCACUUUAGCCAGUACAAGACCGCUAGGACUCUGUACGACGCUGUUGUUGCGCGCUACUCCUCCCCUGCCACUGCUGCCCUUAGCCGCCUCAUGCUGCCGUACCUGUUCCCUGACCUAGCUGCUUUUGCCACAGUCACUGACCUCAUUAUGCACCUCCGCACUAGUGACACCCGCUACCGCGCUUCGCUUCCUGCCGAGUUCUGCGCCAAGAACCCCCCCCCUAUGUACAUCACUCUCUACUACCUCGUCACCAGGCUCCCUGACUCCCUUCGCUCGAUCAGGGACCACUUCCUCUCCCUUUGCCCCACCACGCUCACCGUUGACCUCCUCGAGGAGUGCCUCUUUGCAUCUGAGAAGAGUAUAGUCGCUGUAGGAGCCUCUCGUGGUGACCCUCAUGCCCCUUUCUUUGAGGGGUGCUCCCCCGUUCCCCUUUUGCCUUAUGUUGCCUCUGCUGCUGCUGUCGACCUCGUUGGCACCGAGUCAGUCGGCGCUGCAUCUGCUCCUAGUGGGAGGCGCCGCAGCGGCAGGAGCAAGGGGGGCAAGGGUGCUGGAUGGGAUGGCGGGGGCGGCGGUGGUGGCGGUGGUGGCGGUGGAGGGGGUGGGGGUGGAGGUCGGGGUGGUGGCGGGAGUGGGGGCUUCGGUGGCGGUGGUGGAGGUGGAGGCGGCGGAGGCAGCGGCCGUGGGGGUGGAGGUGGCGGCGGUGGCAGCGGCGGUGGGGGUGGCGGCGGCGAUGGUGCUGGUCGGGGUGGUGCUGUGCAGCGGGGAGGCUUUGGCGGUGGCCAGCGCCAGCAGCAGCAGCGCCCUCGUGAGACCUUGUCACCCCAGCAGCUUCAUGAGUGGUACGCUGGGCAUUGGAGGUUUGGGGGUGCUGGUCCCUGCGCUUACGUUCUCCGCACCGGCGACCGCAGUGGAGAGACGUGCGGCGGCCCGCAUGCCACGCUCUGCUGUUUCGACCGACUAAUUGACGCCUGGCGUGCACAGUUUCCUGACGCCACUAAGAUCCCUCGCUGGGGUGAUCUGCUUAAGUCAGGGGUUGCUAUCUUUGAUCUUGAUUAUGAUGCUAUCCUUGCUGCUAUGUAUGUUGUGUCUAUUAGUGCUGAAGGUGACUGUUACCUGUGUGUUCCGCCCGACCCAGGCAUUGAGGUUGCUACUCUAGGUGCUAGUGAGUCUGCUGCUCUAGGUGCUGGUGAGGCUGCUCUCUCAGGUACCGCGUUGGCUCAGGUCUUGCACACUUUCACCCUUGACUCGGGUGCUUCCCGCUCCUUCUUUCGCGACUGCACCACACUCUCGCCGAUCAGUCAGCCGGUGGCAGUCUCUUUGGCUGAGCCCUCUGGGGGUCCGGUCCUUACACACUCCUCCAUGGUUCUGCCGUGUCCGGCGGUCCCGUCUGGCUCUUUGUCUGGCCUCCACCUCCCCUCGUUCUCCACGAACUUGGUGAGUGGAGGUGACCUUCAGGACGCAUGGGUUGACCAGUUCACUCCUGGAUGUGUGCCUUUUGUGAUUCGCGAUUCUGCUGGACCUGCUUCUGAUGUUUCUGCUGCUGCAGAUUUUCCUGUCUCGGUUGCACCACUGCAAGAGGAGAAGAAAUUGGUGACGAAAGGGAAAGAAGCACAGAAGAGUGAGUGGGUUAGUUAG